ACAAAAACACGAACGAGAAAAUUUGUAUUUAAAAGAUGCAUCAAGAGAAAAUAUCUUUCGACUUAACUAGGAGACUUUUCAAUACAAAAAUGAGGUGCCAUAUUAUCAUCUUGAUUAAUUUUUACCUAACAACGUGUUACGCUUUGAAGCCUUUAAAAAUUGGUUGUCUGCUACAGAAAAGCACCAAUUACCAUGAAUUUUACUCUGCAAAAGCCGCACUGGAUGUCGCAAAAGACGCAUAUAACUCGAUGGUCCAAGAGUUUGGUUAUGAAAUCGAAUAUCAUUAUGAGGAUAGCGGCUGUAACGAAACUAUGUCAACGGGUUCUGCAUCUGACUUAGUACAUCGGAAAGGUGUUCAUGCAUUAAUCGGCCCUUCUUGUAACGGUGGCUGUAAACCUGUUGGUUACUUAGCAUCUGAUAAGAAUAUACCAAUGAUAUCUUACCAAUGUUCGAGCACAGUUCUUUCUGAUAAGACGGUUUUUUCUACGUUUGCGCGUACCAGGCCAUACGCAAGAGAAACAAAGAACAAUCUGGCUACCUUUCUGAUCUAUUUAUUAAACGAUUUUGAGUGGAAGCAAAUAGCUGUUGUCUAUUCGCUAUCUGAUGAUUGGUUAGAGUCUUAUAAAGUGGUUAACGAAGAGAUCUUAUCGCAAAAUUACACCGAAGUGACUCCCACAUUCGCAAUGGAGUUACAAGAAGAUAAAAAAGAAAUGAUGUCGUUCUUAAAAGAAAAAGCUCGCGCAAUUCUGUUCUUCUGUCAUUCCAAAGAUGUGGCUGAAAUGCUCACACACGCCUACGAAUUAGAUAUGUAUGACGGCACAUAUGCAUUUAUUGCUGUCGACUUUGUGAUCGAGGAAAGUUGGUUGAUGGAAGAUUGGUUUCACUCAAAGGAGAUCUACUCUGGCUUGUUAAGCAUCGAUGUGAAAAAUAUUGAGGAAUCAAAGUUGAAAAAGUUCAAGGAGGAUGUGCGUGAUAAGUUUAUCGAUUAUGGUUAUGACAUUACCACAGUAAACGCAACAUUCUAUGAUGGAGCAGCUUACAUCUACGAUGCUGUGAAAGGGUAUAUCAUAGCGCUGAAUAAAUUUUGGACAGCAGAAUUUCAACCUGAAUUAGCAGAUUACCUAAGUGAAACAAUGAUUGAACAAUUCCUUACGUUGAACAACUUAACUCAGGAAGAAUUAAUUUACAACUACACAAACUUGUCACAUGAGAAUGUAACAUGGCUUUUUCCGGACAACUGGACCUUACCGAAUACUUCCCUACCUGUCAUACCAAUUGAGGAACUUAGGCGAAAUCUUUCAGCCAAGGGACUACAUUAUGAUGGAUUAGAAGUUAUGAAAUAUUUUUUUAAUUCAUCCUAUGAUGGAAUGACUGGAAGAGUUUAUAUCAAGUACAACGGCAAUCGUUUGCCUGUCAUAGUUUUAUCAAAUUAUGAAUUGAAAAAUGAUGAGCCGAUUCCCCGUAAACGAUAUUCCUACGUUACUUAUGACAAUAAAUUUAGUGGCAAAAAAGACAAAAUGAACUGGCCUGGUGGUGCCACAGAAAUACCAACCUCUCCGCCUAAAUGUGGCUUCCAUAAUGAAAAAUGUACAGUGGAGAAAAAAAAGAUUGAUGUUGGAACUGUGGUAAUUGCGGUGAUCAGUCCAUUUCUUGUUUUUGCUGCUCUGUUUAUAGCUUACCGUAUGUACAGGUAAGCGAUUGAUAAAAAUAAAUGCAUGUCAUGACGGCUUAGAUGUCAUCUCCUUUAAACUUAGAGAUCAUCUAAAGGCGGCUUUACGUCAGUGAGACGUUUAGUGGAGACAAUUGUAACAAAUCUAGUUGUAUAACUCUGUUACAUAUCAAGAGAGCUCGGCGAUCCAUUCCCCAUCUCUCCUAAAUUCUUGUAACAGUUUUUAAUUAAAUUUUUGUAACACUUUUUUAACAAAAAUCAUCAUACCUCUCCCCUCCCCCCUCUCA